UACACGUAAUUUAAGUUUAAUAACUUAACCGUUAACAAUUUACGCUGUCAAUUAUGUCAAGUACCAUUAAUAAUGUAAUAUAUAUGACAUGUUAAGUUACGAGUAUUCGUAUUGUUAUGAAUAUGGCAAAAACUGACGUGGUAAAUGAUAUCAAGCAACUUUCAAAUUUGGAAGAAGAGCAGAAAAUAAUUGACAAGGCACCCUUUUGUCAUUUAAAAAUUACUAAUGCACAAAUUUUAGAUACCAUAGAAGGCCGACAAAUAUGUAAACGUUGUUAUAGGUCACGUAAAUUUUUUUGCUACUCUUGUUAUUUACCAGUUAUUAAUGAAAAAUAUAUCCCGAAAAUUAAGUUACCUAUUAAAAUUGAUAUUAUCAAACAUGCACGUGAAAUUGAUGGGAAAAGCACAGCAAUUCAUGCGGCUAUAAUUGCUCCAGACGAUGUGAGAAUAUUUACAUAUCCCAAUUUUCCAGAAAUAUUGGACAAAGAGGAAACUAUUUUAAUUUUUCCUAGCAAAACUGCUACGUCCGUGGAUUCCCUGUUCGUAAAGCAAGUUGAGGAAAACAAUAGAACAAUUACAAAUAGAAUAGGGGAUGCAUUUCCCAUAAAAAGAGCUAUUUUUAUUGAUAGUACAUGGCAUCAGACAAAAGCUAUUUAUAAAGAUCAAAGGUUAAGAGAUUUACAUUGUAUAGUUUUAAAAUCAAGAAUAUCACAAUUUUGGCGUCAUCAAAAAAAAAGUCCUAGAUGGUAUUUGGCUACCAUCGAAGCAAUACAUCAGUUCUUAGUAGAAUUGCAUACAUGCGCAUUUGGUACGAUACAUGGAUACGUUAACAUAAAAGAUACAGAAGAAAACUAUACAAAGAAUGUUGUGCAUCAAUAUGUGAACGAGUUACCUGAAACAGAUCAAAGAUAUAAAGGUCAAUACGAUGAUCUUUUAUACUUUUUUAAAUAUAUGUACGAAAAAAUUCAUACUAUAUAUGAUCAUGAUCAGUUAUGGGCAUAUAAAAGGCCAUUAAUAUAA